CUCGCGGCUGAGACCCCUGCAUGUGCCAGAGCCAUGUGGCUGCUGCACCUGUUGCUGGCCCUGCUGGCUCCGGUCACUGCUGCAGGCUGCCAGGGCGCCGAGCUCGACCGGCAGCUCAUCCUGGCCAAGCUCCGGGCCCAGGUCCUGGAGUAUCUGAGUCCCAGCAGCCCCAGGAGCAGGGCCCAGCAGCAGCGCAGGGGGAUGCACAGGAGGCACAUCCCAGGGACUCCAGCCCUCCCAGGCCAGGAGCUAGAGGACACCUCCCAGGUGAUACUUUUCCCCACCACAGAUGUGCCAUGUGAGCCACCCCAGCCAGACGGGCUCCCAGAGGACGAGAGCGUUUUCACCUACCUCUUCCAGCCUUCACCUCACACCCUGAGCCGCGUGGUGACGUCCACCCAGCUCUGGUUCCACACAGGCCCGGUCCUCGUGCCCCCCAGCUCACCAGCUGCUGCCAACCGCUCUGGGGCGGGGGCAGACGUGCUGAUCCUCUCGGGGCAGGGCCGGGUCACCGUGGCAGCCACUGUGGUGCAGGCAGCCGAGCAGUGGACGGUCUUCCACUUCGCUGCGCCCUUCCUGCGCUACGUCUCCCAGAAGCUCUUUGUGCUGCUCGUGCGCUGCCCGGGCUGCCCCUGCACGGCCGACGCAGACAAGAUGCCCUUCCUCAUGGCCACCACCAAGCCCAAAGGGCCGGACAGAGCCCGCCGCUCCUCCGUGCCCUGGUCCCCGGCGGCCCUCAACCUGCUGCAGCGCCCGUCAGAAGACGCCGCAGCCCAUGCUGACUGCCACCGGGCCGCCCUCAACAUCUCCUUCGAGGAGCUGGGCUGGGACAAGUGGAUCGUGCACCCUAGCAGCUUCGUCUUCCACUACUGCCACGGCAGCUGCUCCGACGCCCACACCCUGAGCCACGCGCUGGGCUUCCGGCUGUGCUGUGCCGCCCUGCCCAGCACCAUGCGCUCCCUGCGCGUGCGCACCACCUCCGACGGCGGCUACUCCUUCAAGUACGAGACUGUGCCCAACAUCCUCACCCAGGACUGCGCCUGCAUCUAGGGCCGCCGGGUACCACGCAGCCCUGCGCUGGGCUCUGCCGAGCCGGCCCGACUCCCUCGGAGCUCCCCGCGACGGGGUGGGACGUGGGGGGGGCUGUUUUCCUGCCAUGCGGGGUGGCGGGGGGGCCAUCCCCGCGUUGGGAUGACCCAGCACGAUGGAGCCGGGCUCCCUCAACCAGGGCUAGCAGGUCAUUCUGACUGGAUCCCACCCCCGGGCGGGGGUGCGUGGGGGGGGGGGUGUCAUUGCACUCAGCAAACCCAGCGGGCUCACACCUAGGGUGACCAGAUGUCCCGAUUUUUGGGUCUUUUUCUUAUAUAGGCUCCUAUUACCCCCACCCCGUCCCGAUUUUUCACACUUGUUGGCUGGUGACCCUGCUCGCCCCCCGCCCCCCCAAGGAUCUGCCCAUCCCAGAGCAGACAAGGGGCUUGCGAGCCAGGAGUUCAGGCUGGAUCCUCCCUACAGCCCCCGGGCAGCAGCCCCUGAGUCACCGAGCCGGGCAGGUCCUGGGCGGGGCAAAGGGGAGCGGUUCAACUCGCCAAACCUGCUCCAGGGUCAGUCCCUGCAGCUGCACCACUGAGACCCCCCUGGCUCCCCCCCAGCCCAGGCUGCUCCUCACC